CAACGCUCGGCACAAGCUGCAGAUUUCAGUUCUCGCUGAAGCGGCAAACCAAUAAGAGUGUCUGAUCAUUCGUUGUAAGAUAGAAAACCAGGAGAAGAGACUAUAAAACUAAUUUUCAGUGGAAAUACUAAAAAGUGGAAAAGUAAGGCAGAUAAAGUUCAUCGUUAACUACACACCGACGAAAUGAGCAGAGUAAUAAAUAUAUUAAUGAGUGGUACUGCAAUUACGGCGGCCGUCAUAGUAGGAUAUAAAGUUAUCAAAUCUACAAUAAAAAAAAAUUUUCGCUCCGACAAACAAACAAGUGAAAAAGCAAAAAUUAAAAAAUGGUGCAAUGCUGAUAAAAAGUAUCCUACUUUACAAUCUUCAAAUUGGAGGAAAAUUGGCCAAGUAGUUGAUUUAGCGAUAUUUCCGGUGAAAUCGAGUAACAUAAGUUUGAAUUCUGAUUCAUUUGAAUUUCGUGAUUAUGGAAUGUGUAGACAGAAUUUCGGGACAUAUAUUUGGGACGGAAUGUUUGCAGUGUAUAACGAAACAAAAGGUAAAUUCGAAGAUAGCCGAAGAUAUCCUUUAUUGCGAUCAUUGUGUACACAGCUUACAAACCCUGGCGAAGUAACAUUUAGCAGCGACAGACUGUCCGAAGUAGUAACAUUGAAUAUAAAUCGAGAUCGCAAUCCUUUCAAUCAAAUCGUGAUGAAGACAUGGAAUGGAACUUUGAAAACGUUUUAUGGUUCAGAUCUACACGUUAAUACAUGGUUAAAAAACUGGAUAGAUGAUGACGAUGAGACAAAUGAGGAUGUAACUUUGGCUCAAAUGCAACCACGUAACGGGAGUUGGACAGAAAGAAUAAAAGACAAUUGGUUCCGCUUUGUUCAAGGGUACGAAGCUAUGGAAGAAGAUGAAACGGGAAAAUUCAUAACUUUACCACGAUUUGUACUGAUGACAUCAAAGACGCGUUUAGAGAUAGAUGGAAAGGUUAAACAUGUGGCGCCAAAUAUUAUAGUUGACACUGACGAUGAAUCGAUAAAUCCUUUUAUAGAGAAAACCUGGGAUUGGAUAAAAAUCGGUGACGAUGUAAUUCUCAGAAAGGUCAAACCAGUUCCAAGCGCUGAUGAAAGAAUCCAACAUAAGGGAAUUUAUUGUGCCUUAUGGUCUGGUGGGAACGUAAAGAUGAACGAUGAAGCAUAUAUUUACUAUUCUGAUAUAUAACACAAAUGUAAAAAGAAUAUUGUUUGAACAAAUACUGUUUCGUUGUCAUAAUAAGCGUUUGAGCUAAUUUUACUUUAUUGACUUUUAUAGAAACAUGUAUAGAUAAAUAAUUUAGCGCUUUCAAUGUCUGUAAAUGAAACACAACAAUGGAUAUUUUACCGAUAUUAACGUUAUUUUAUUCUUUCUAGUGAUUUAUAACAUUUAAUUUUCUCAUAACUUCUUUAUUAUCUUUUUUUCAAUGACUGAAUGACUUCAAUGAAUUUA